UCUGGAAUUGUUGCUUUCAGGGACAAAGUUUUCUUAAAAUUAACCUUAAAAGUAUAUUGUGAAGACACCAAGGUCUGGGAACCACGUGACCCGCGCUUUCUUUAUAUAAACAGCAACCCACGCUUUGGCUUUCCGCAGUCUUUGGACUUCAGCAUGAGCCGAUCUUGGUGGCUGGCGUGUGCCGCGUUUUCCGUCUUCAGUGUCUUAAAAGCCAGCUCCCUGGACACUUUCGUCGCUGCUGUUUACGAGCAUGCGGUGAUCUCGCCUAGUGACGCCGCGUUACCCGUGUCUCCCAGUAAGGCACUGGCCUUAAUGAACCAGAAUCUGGAUAUUCUGGAAGGAGCGAUCGUAUCAGCGGCAAAGCAGGGUGCACACAUUAUCGUGACUCCAGAAGAUGGCAUCUAUGGGAUUCGUUUCACCAGGGAUACUCUCUACCCAUACUUGGAGGAUAUCCCAGAUCCUCAAGUGAACUGGAUCCCCUGUGAUAACCCAAACAGAUUUGGCUCCACCCCCGUGCAGCAGAGGCUCAGCUGCUUGGCCAAGAACAACUCGAUCUAUGUUGUUGCGAACAUGGGAGAUAAGAAGACGUGUAACACCAGCGACCCGAGGUGCCCUGCCGAUGGCCGCCUCCAGUACAACACCGAUGUGGUGUUUGAUUCCCAGGGCCGACUGGUCGCACGAUACCAUAAGCAAAACCUUUUCAUGGGAGAAGAACAAUUCAAUGCACCCACGGAGCCCGAGUUCAUAACUUUCGACACCCCGUUUGGAAAGUUUGGCAUCUUCACAUGCUUCGAUAUUCUCUUCCAUGAUCCUGCUAUCACCCUGGUGACACAGUUCCAGGUGGACACCAUACUGUUCCCAACAGCCUGGAUGGAUGUUCUACCUCAUUUGGCAGCCAUUGAAUUCCACUCAGCUUGGGCUAUGGGCAUGGGGGUCAAUUUUCUUGCAGCCAACCUACACAAUCCUUCAAGGAGAAUGACAGGCAGUGGCAUCUACGCACCAGAUUCUCCAAGGGCCUUUCACUACGAUAGGAAGACCAACGAGGGAAAACUUCUUCUGGCACAGCUGGAUUCCCACCCACGUCACUCCGCAGUGAACUGGACCUCCUACGCCAGCAGCGUAGAAGCACCCCCAAAAGAAAACCAGGAAUUUCGGAGCGCUGUUUUUUUUGAUGAGUUUACCUUUGUGGAGCUCAAAGGAAUCGCAGGAAACUACACUGUCUGCCAGAACGAUCUCUGCUGUCAUCUAAGCUACCGGAUGUCGGAGAAGCGAGAGGACGAGGUUUAUGCCUUCGGGGCAUUUGAUGGGUUACACACGGUGGAAGGACAGUACCACCUGCAGAUUUGUAUUCUGCUAAAGUGUAAAAGCACCAGUCUCCACACCUGUGGUGGUUCUGUGGACACGGCUUCCACCAGGUUUGAAAUGUUCUCCCUCAGCGGCACUUUCGGAACCCAGUAUGUCUUCCCUGAGGUGUUGCUGAGUGAAGUCAAGCUUGCCCCUGGGGAAUUUCAGGUGUCAAGUGACGGGCGCUUGUUUAGCCUGAAACCGACAUCUGGCCCCGUGCUAACUGUCAGUCUGUUUGGAAGGCUCUAUGAGAAGGACUGUGCAUCCAACGCUUCCUCGGACUUCAUAGCACGCUCACUGAUAAUUCUGCUGAUUGUAACCCCUAUCAUACAUUAUUUGUGCUGAUAGAGUUUUCACACUUUCUAUUUUGUUUAGAAUAAUUUAAAAUUGGUGGAUGAAGAAAAAAAAAUCUCUUGACCAACAGUGACCUCUGAUGUCAGAAAAUAACUAAAGUGCCUAUUUAGAGAAACAUGCACGCUAGAUGCAUUUCAGCAAAAUUAACAAAACUUUGAGUGUUGGUCUGUCUUGGAGCUGAGCUGUUGGACCAAAUGAAGAUCACACAUCUUUUUUCAGAGGAAAUAAAAAUUGCAGUUAAGAGGUA